AAAGUACACUUUCAAUACAAUUAAGUGCACUUCUUUUUCACAAGGGAGUGUAUGUCGACUCCAUAAUGUUAGGAUGCACACAUCAUUGUUCUGCUGCUGUUUUCCCCCAAUAAAUUUAUAAAAGUUAACUUUUAUUCAGCAAGGAAAUGCAUAAUAAAAGUAUUAAUUUCAUUAAUUAAAAUUGUAAGUAAAGACAUUUACAGCGUUACAAAAGGUUACUUUUUCAAAGAAUGAUUUGGCAAUACUGUGAUUUCUGUGCCAGUCACCAGUGUUUGUGGAAAUAGAUGAAGCUGCAUGUGCAGAUGAGAAAAUAAGUCAUGUAACAACAACAGAUGUUAUCUCGGGUAUUUUCUGAACUUGCUUCAUCUGGUAUUUUGAAGCAGAAGUGGGUGUUAUUUUGUGAUACAUCUUCCACACGUACUGUUCGCUUCCACACGAUUACAGAAGAAACCACACGUGUGUAUCGCCAUCAUUCAGGCCGUGUUGGAGCACACUUACCCUGAGGAGAGACAGGAUGUUGUUGGUCUCUCCUCUGCCUGGACCGUGUCACGCUGCAUUGACGAAAAAUGUUGCUCUUGGAGCCAGCGCUGUCCAAUCUUCCACAUGGCAAAUGGAGCUGUAGAUGGAAACAGAGAUGCAGAUGAAAUGUUGUGCACUCGUACUUCACUUCACAAUGACCCUUGAUGGAGAGAGGACCUGAAGAAGGUCUACCAGAUCAGAAGGAUCAUCAUCACUAAUGCUGGAUUGGAGACGAGUGGCACUGAGAUCCGCAUCGGCAACGGAUUGACAAACAACGGCAACAACAAUCAGCUUGGUCUGGUCCGUCCCACCUGGAGGCACGAGAACAUGUGACUUUAGGCCUGCGGAGGGGCAAUACGUCAACAUUUUCCUCCAUGGGAUGAACAGAGCUCUCAGUCUGUGUGAGGUUGAGGCUUUUGCAGAAUAUGAUCCCACUUGUGCUCCAGAUUUCCAACAGUUUUGGUGCCGUGACCCGGAUAGAGCUUCUCACCUCAAUCCAGAUUGGAACUUCAAGCACAACAAAGAUCUGAUCCAAAAGAAGAUCCAGGCUGAAUUUUCCUGUGCACCCAAGGGUUGGUGAGUGAUACUCUAUCCAAAAGAACCAUUAAGACCAGUACAAAUGUGUUAUCCUCUGCGCCGUCAGAGAAGAGUUAACAGACAGCUGUAGGGUUUGGUUAACUAAGUUAUCCUCUAAAAAUGUUCUUUUAGAGAUGAAGUUUAUCCUCUGUUCAGGCAGGGAAGAUUAGCAUUAAGUGCUAAUAUUGGUAACCUCUGUUCAGGCAGGGAAGAUUGGCAUCAUGUGCUAAUAUUGGUUUAUCCUCUGUAAAGUUAGGGAAGUUUUAUCCUCUGCUUUAUAAGGGAAGGUUGUUUAUCCUCUGUUUAGGCAGGGAAGAUUAGCAUUAAGUGCUAAUAUUGGUAACCUCUGUUCAGGCAGGGAAGAUUGGCAUCACGUGCUAAUAUUGGUUUAUCCUCUGUAAAGUUAGGAAAGUUUUAUCCUCUGCUUUAUAAGGGAAUGUUGUUUAUCCUCUGUUUAAUCAGGGAAGGUGCUGUGUUAACAGAAUAGCCAUCCUCUACUUUGCUAGAGAAGAAGGUUCAUUCUCUGUUAAUUCAGGGAAGGUUACAAUUGUUACAGUGUGCUAGCAAGUUGGUUCUACUCUGCUCACCAGAGAAGGUUGAAUACAUUACGAUGUGUAUUAACUAGGUUAACCUCUGCUCUGUCAGGGAAGUGUUGAAGUGAAUUGUUGUGCCAGAAAGACAUUACAAAAUGUUGAGAAAGAACGUUAGACUAAUUUCAACAACUGAGAAAGGUGGACUAGCUACGAGUUAUGAGUUACGAGUACUAUGAGUUCAAAUCAUUGUUUGGAAAGCACAUGGACUCAAUAGUGACUGAGUUAGUCAGACUGGAUUUGACAAAGAAAUUUGGGAUUCAUCCAGAAAAAGUUUGGUCCAUUGAAGAAUGCAAAAAGGUACUUGGUGCUUGUAUUCGGAAGAAAAAUAUGAAGGGUAUUAUCUGCUGCCACAGAGAAUUUACUCUAUCCAUUGCACAAGACCAAAUUCAACGUAUUGCUAAGUUAGAAGAGCAGAACAAACAGUUGCACACUAGAGUGUCUCGUCUCACUCAGAAGUUGGGCCUUAACAAAGCCUCAACCAAAUGUGACUCAAAAGAUGAAGAGUCAGAUGAAAGCUAUCCUGACUUACAGUCUUUCUGUAGACUAGAGGGCAACAGCAAUACUGGAUUGAUGGAUAAAGAUGUAAAUGCAGUUGAAGUGUGUGGAGCGAGACAAAAGGCUCAGAGUAGGGCAAAAUGGGUUGACAAAGUUCCAUCUGUAACCCCCAUACUGCAGUUACAAGCAGUCAGUACUGCUAUAGGUCCUGAAGACAUAGAAAGAAUUGCUGAGAAUUUGCCAUCAGCGCAUAGAAAUUUUUCUGAGUUUAGGACAGAGUUGUCCAGAACAAUUAAGCUCUAUGAUAUGUCCCUAGCUGAAGUCACACAGCUAAUGUCACAAAUCCUGAAAGAGUCAGAAUUCAAUGAUUUUGAAAGUGCUGUAAAUAAUUCUGAGUUUCAGCAUUCCAGCAAAGGCGAAUUGAGAGAAGGAGUUCUGAGAGUGUUACAGAACCUUGUUGGACCAAAAGUAGACUGGUCAAAGAUCACUAGUUGUGUACAGAAGAAGGAUGAAACUGUAAGUGAGUACACAAAAAGAUUUUGUCAGUCAGCGGCAGCAUACAGUGGAAUAGUUGACACUCCAGAGAAGGUGUUAGAGGAUAAUGGACCACUGGUCCGCAUGUGGUUUGAUGGGCUUUCAUCAGAAUACAGAAAUGCAUUGCCUUUCUUAGACCUCACAUGGUCCAAUGGAACCCUGCAAAACAACUUGGAUAUGUUAGCUAUUUGGGAAAGAGACUCUGAUGUCAAGACAAGAGUAAAGAUUGCAGCAGCAUCCUUUAAGGUCAACACAGAGAAUCGACAGAAACGUAAAUGUCCUAAGAGAGAAGGCAGUUGUCAUUACUGUGGUAAACCUGGACAUUGGAUGAAAGAGUGUAGGAAAAACAAAAAGACUUUUAAAGAAAUGAACAGCUUUACUCAGCUCCUACUCAGUCUACUUGCUACAUUGAAACUGCCCCCUCCCCUCUUCUCCAAACUCUUGGAGCAGCAGCUUGCUGACAUCCUAACCAUUUGGGCUGUGAGUGCUUAAUUUCCCCAGUAACCUACAAGAAAGCUGAAAGACUCAUUCUGAACAAAAGAAAGUUGACUAUCACUUCCACCAUUCGGGGACACGGGUUAAGUACACUCACAGCCUUAAAUGUUAUGCUACAGCACACUCCAUUCACUUGUCCAUCCUCAAUGGGUUAUGAUGUCUACUAUGACUGAUGUUUCAAUGGAAGAUGGAGAUGUAGCACAGUAAAGAUUGCAAAUUAACUACAGGGAGAGAAUAGGACACACAGACCAGUGAGGAGCCCAGGGAAGAACCGAAGUGCAUAAGGUCUCGGGGGCUAACCCUGUGGUGAAGACUUCCUCAUAGGUUUCCCCAUCUCAGUUUAUCCCCACCUUACUGGUCUAUAGGUGUCAAAUUGAUUAAGACUAAGUUAAGAAAAAGAAGAACAAAACCACUAUACGAUCACUAGAAGUUUAUGAUGAUCAGAGUUAGACAGAAAAACUAUACGAUCAUCAGAGGUCUAACGUACUAAAGUCUAUGCAUGAAUACUGCUGGUCUGCUGUCUCUUUGUUUUCUUGUGUGCAGGUAUGUGUAUAUGCCAUGACGUCUCAAGCAGCACCUGGUGUAAAGCAUCACCUCAGAUAACCAUGAACAACCUUCAUGAUGACGGAGUCAUCAGAGCAACUCGGAGUUGCACAACGACAAAGAAUCAUCUUGGGACAAACAUGGAAAUGGACUCUACAGGGAACAGACUCCACAGCUAUUCAGGCGCCAUGGACUUUUAGGACUUCCACGCUUAUGCUACAUGGUUUUUCUGUGUCAUCAUGUAGUUAAUACAACAUGUUACCACCCUGCGUUGUAUAUGUGUGUCAACAGUAUACUCAAGUUAAAGAACAACACUUAUGUAAAUGUUGGACACGACACAGAAUAAGAUGUAUGUGCCUGUAACUGUUACAAGUUGCAUGACUGCAAGAUGGGACUUAUGUUAACAAACAUAUGUUAUAGAAGGGAUUUAAGAAGGUUUAAAUUUGUAUUAUGUGAGAGUUAUUAGAACUCUCAAAGGGGCAACUGUGGAAUUACAAAUUUAAGAAUCUGUUUAAGAUCUGCGGAUCCUACAUCCUAUCCAUUUGGAAGGACAAGCUUAAGAUACAGCAGUGCUUUUGUCUCUAUGAUAAUGUAAAGGUAUGGGUGAUACUGUCAGACUGAUUGGAUUAGCACCUAUGCAUUUGAAUGACACAGUUAUGCGGAUUAGAUCAUGGCUGGGAAAUGUAGGCAAUG